AUGGGGCAAAGUCCUCUCAAUUUCUCUCCCCCUUUAACCGCUUCGAAUCAGGAUCCAUCUCUUUUUGUCGAUGGCGCGAAUGCCGAUGACCUCGCGUCGGCAGUGCGAAGGNCGGCGGAGGUAAAAGAUUUGGGGGAGAGACCGGUCAGAGUCUACGCUGAUGGGAUCUACGAUCUGUUCCACUUCGGACACGCUCGAGCCCUAGAGCAGGCCAAAAAAUUAUUUCCAAACACCUAUUUGCUUGUUGGCUGCUGUAAUGAUGAAGUCACUCAUCGAUACAAGGGGAAAACUGUCAUGUCCGAGUCUGAGCGCUAUGAAUCACUCCGUCACUGCAAGUGGGUUGAUGAGGUUAUUACUGAUGCUCCAUGGGUCUUAAACCAAGAGUUCAUUGACAAGCACAAGAUUGACUAUGUGGCUCAUGAUGCCCUCCCAUAUGCAGAUUCAAGUGGAGCUGGGAAUGAUGUAUAUGAAUUUGUUAAAUCCAUAGGCAAAUUUAAGGAAACAAAGCGUACAGAUGGAAUAUCGACAUCAGAUGUCAUAAUGAGGAUACUUAAGGACUACAACAAGUAUGUUAUGCGUAAUUUAGCUCGUGGAUAUUCGAGGAAGGACCUUGGUGUGAGCUAUGUCAAGGAGAAGCAAUUAAGGGUAAACAUGGGAAUCACAAAAUUUCGUGAGAAAGUCAAGGACCAUCAGCAAAAGUUACAUACAGUAGCAAAGACUGCUGGAAGUCAUCCUAACCUGUGGUUGGAGAAUGCUGAUCGAUGGGUUGUUGGUUUUCUUGCGAAGUUUGAGGAAGGUUGCCAUGCUAUGGAAACUGCAAUUAAAGAGGCAAUACAGGAGAGUUUGAGGCGGCAAUCGAGCCGAGAACUAAUUGAUCGUUACUUUCCUUAUCCUACCAUGUAAAAAUAUGCAAAGCACUCCCCAUAAAUUUUGUAGAUUUGGUAGCUUUUCACAAUCAGCUGUUGCUGUUCUCCUUUAUUCUUUUUUUGCUUUUCUGUUGCAACGGCAUCGGCCCACAAAGUAGGGACGGUGGCAGCAAAUAUUACUACGCUCUACUUCGUGAUUCUUUCUUCAAGAGUUAAAUAAAAUUUGUUUCUAUUUUCA